AUGUCCUCCCACGACCACGAACGCGGGGUCCCGUCGGACAAUGAAGACGAAGAACCAGCAAUGCUCGACCCCUCCGACGUUGCCGAAGAGAUCCUCGAUCAAGACGGCGACGCAGCCAUGGACUCCGGCUCCGAAAACGAGGGCGAGGGUGAAGAUGACGAGAUGAUGCAAGAAGAAAUUAACUUACAAAACGACUCCUCCGCCCAUUUCGACAGCCACAAAGACAGUAUCUUCUGCAUAGCGCAACAUCCUCUGAACCCCUCUAUAAUAGCCACUGGGGGUAGUGAAGGCGAGGACGCCGGGGGCAUAGGGUAUAUAUUCGAAGCAAAGCCUGCGGAAACACCCGUGUUGCCUGCUAGUUACCAGGCCGCGCCCAGUGAGCGCGUGGAGAGGAAGGCGAUUGAACCGCUGUUUACACUGGAAGGACAUACGGACUCGAUCAACGCUCUUACGUUCACAUUACCCAAUGGCGAAGUUCUGUUAUCGGGAGGCUUGGAUGGGAAGCUGAGAGCGUAUGCGCAAAAAGGACAUAGAUGGGGUUUCCUGGCCGAGGUACAGGAGGUGGAAGAGAUAAAUUGGCUUGCUCCUUGUCCAAACCCGGCAUAUCCUAAUACGGUUGCGCUCGGGGCGAAUGAUGGGUCGGUUUGGGUUUAUACGGUUGAUUCGACGUCGAAGGAUGCGCCGCUGCAGAUUGUGCAGAGUUAUUUUUUGCAUACGGAGAGUUGUACGGCAGGGGCUUGGUCGGCGGAUGGGAAGCUGCUUGCUACGGUUAGUGAGGAGGGGUCUUUGUAUGUUUGGGAUGUUUUUGGAGAGGCUGCUGCUGCGGGGUUGACGCAAGAGGGUGGGCAGACUGUAGUGGGCCUCACGUCUCUCGAUCAGCGAUUUGCAGUUGAGGGAGGAUUAUUCAGUGUUGCAAUUGCGCCUUCCGGCGCAUUUCUCGUCGUAGGAGGUGCGGGAGGGGCUAUCAAAGUCGUUGGUCUCCCAAGACUGAGCUCUCAACCUUCUGGGGCUGCGCCGGCGGGGAGACAAGGAGCAGGAGCCAGUUCGAAGACAAAGGGCGGAAAACAAGCUGGUGGGAAGGCGAGUGGAAGUGCUGCUUCGGCGGGACAGUCAGGGCAGAUAUUGGCGGAUCUACAGGCGCAGAGUGAUGGUGUCGAAUCUUUAGCUUUCGCGCCUCCGCCUCUGACGCUUCUUGCAGCUGGCAGUGUGGACGGUAGUAUCGCUCUCUUUGAUUCGGCUCACAGAUUUGCUGUGAGGCGGCAUAUCAAGGAAGCACACGAGGAGCACUCGGUUGUGAAAGUGGAGUUUGUCAAGAAUGAGAGGACGGGUGGAUGGUUAUUGACGAGUUGUGGAAUGGAUGGUGUAGUUAGGAGGUGGGAUACGAGAGGUGGAACUGGUUUGGCGAACUCGGGGUUUGUCAAAGAGUGGAAGGGCCAUAGGGGUGAUGGGGAAGGUGGUGGUGUCCUGGGGUUUGUACAGGGCAACGGGGAUAGGAUUAUUACAGCUGGUGAUGAUGGGAUCUCGCUGGUGUUUGAAUCGCCUGUUGCUUGA